AUGAACGAGGGACGUCUCCAGCACUUGCUACAGCCCAUUCGGGACUUGAGUAAAAAUUGGAAUAUUGACUUGGCUACAGAAUUAGAAGAAUAUAUGGACAAAUUAGAGAAUUUAAAUAUUGCGUUUGAUCCAAAAGAUGGGGCAAAUAUUACUAAAGAGGGGGAUCAAGUUGGGGUCAUGAAUUUUGCCGAAGCGGCACUAUUGAUCCAAGGAACAAGUGUCAUUUAUAGUCGAAAAGUCGAGUAUUUACAUGCGUUAGUGUAUCAAACACUAGCGCAUUUAUCCAAGCAACAGGACGAUCAUUAUCAAAGUCAGCGAAACCAAGAGACAGGAGAGAUACAGGAAAAUAAAGAAGAUGACGGUGCAGGAGACAGUGUCUUUGAUAAUCCACUACCGCUAUACAAUGAAUUAAAGGAGGCCAAGACAAGCAAGAACAAUAUUCAGGCAUCUAUUGCGUUAAUGGGGUCCCUCGUGCCGGAUGAACGGGAUCAUGGAGAAACAUUCAAGUUGUUAUCGUGCAAUUUACAUGCAAGUGGUGUGUUGCUGCUGGAUGAAGCGAGUAAGAAGUAUCUCAAUCCACAACAGAGAGCAGCGGAUAAUGCAUUUGGUGAGACGCCAGGAAGACAUGGAGGCAUGUGGGUCGCUGCAGAUGGAGACAAUCCAGCGACUGCAUUGAAUUUUGACGAUAUGGAUGCGAGGGAUGAUGAGGAUAGAGGUGAUAACAAUGCUUUGGAUGAAGAGCCGGAUUAUGACUACGAUGCUGGUGCACCACUACAUGACGCUCCGAUGGAUGAUGCUGCAGAUAAUGCACAAGAGAGAGCAGUUGCUGAAGAGCCGUCUCGCACUGUCACGCGGUUGAUGACCACACUUCCAGCGGGUGAAAAGGACCCGUGGGCACCGCUGGACGCGUAUGAUGCGAGUACAUCGGUGGCACGCCCAUUCAAGAAGGGACGGUCGUACCCGCGUGUACCGGCGUACAAGAAAAAGAAAGCAGAUCUCACAGCUUUAAAUAAUAAGGAAGGUGUCGUGGGCAUGAAUGAUGAUGCAGAGCAGGACGGUCUAUCAGACCCGGCAUUCCGAGACCGCUUCUUUACGGGAUCGAAAGGACCGCAGUGGGCAUCAUGGAUCUGGUCAGAGACAGCAGCAGAGAAUCCGCUGGAGAAGACGUGCAAGCGCACGUUCUGCCGAGCUCCACUUCUGCUUAAGACAUGCCACACGCUCUGGCAGCGUGAAGCUAAAUGGCGUAGUAUCAUGCGUCGUUGCGAAGCCCGCGAGAAACAGAGUGCUGAAGCUAUGCUAUUGCGUGAGGAGGCCAUGGAGGAGGAGGAGGCAGAUGGAAACGAUCGCUUGCAGGCAUUGACGCUAUCAACGGCUACAGCACGAUUAGACAUGGCUUUUCAGAAUGAUGCAAAUGGCAAUAACGACGAGGACGAGGAAAAUGACAACGACUAUGACGAUGGUGGUGACUGGGACCAAGGAAAUGACACGGACGGGCCGCUCGGUUUUGGCGAUGCUGCCGCAACAGUUGCUGGUACUUCUGAUCGGCCGCUUACGUACGAUGAGAUCUGCAGACAGCACUUGGCGUCGUUCAUGUCCGGCACGGAGAAAUACGUCCGAGAGACAGACCUAAGCAAGCAAGUUAGCGACUGGCAGGAGAGACUCACGCCAUUGCUGAAGCAACAAGAUGCUCACCCCCCUUUCGAUAUUCAUCACUACGGUCGCGAAAUUAUUGAGCGCUUGGAGGAAGAACACAAGAGCUCCAGUUUGGACAAGCUCAGUAAAUCCGCCAAGCGUGAUAAGAACAAACGCGCCAGGAUUGACUUGGGGUCAGAAGACGACGAGAAGAAGGAGACAGUGCCUUUUGAGACUUUGGUGGAUGGCAAGAGCCAAUUUGAGGUGUGCCGCCUCUUUUUGGCGACACUGCAGCUGGCAAACAGUGGAAAUGUGUCACUUUCGCACGCACAUACCAUAACAGAGCAUGGACAGGUGCCAUUUGAGAUGCAAUUACUUACUAGUGCCAAUACCUACGAAGCAUUACAAGCAUGA